GGACAGGUAAAGUGAUGCUUCAGCCUCUUCCAAUGACAGGGAGGUCAUAGGUCAAGAUGCUGCCAGAGGUAGAGGGACCGACAGUCUUGCUCUACAGGACAAAUUCAGCUGCGGUGGCUAUUGAGUGUGAUGGCCCAAAAUGUCAUCUGUUACCUCAAUCCAAAACACAGGACUUACUGCGUGACUUACCGCAUUAGUAAUGUCUCAAUCAUCAUCACCAUCUGACGCAUCCGGCCUCUUCGCCCACCCUUUUCCUUCACACAGACACACACACGCACAGCGCACACACACUCUCUCCUACGGUGUAACCCCUCCUUUCUCCGGUGCUGCUAAACUAUAUAAAUCACCUCUGUCGGAGUUUGGAACCAAGGUGCAGCGCAAAAACCCGCAGAGUAGCAGCUGACAGAAGAGGAGAGGAGAGAAAAACACACCUCUGCCGCUGUGAAAAACCACCUGUAGCUCCGACUUCUACCUGUUGCCUCCAAAGUCUUCUCAAACUACCGGAAGAGCUGGUUCGAGGUUACUGCUGCCAAAGGAGGUUUAACCAGAUGGCCAUGAUGCUGAAGCCAUGGACAGUGCUGGUUGCCGUAGCACUGUGUGUGCUGGUGUGUCUGGGAACACUGGCGGACGCCUACCCCCCCAAACCUGAGAACCCCGGUGAGGACGCCCCACCCGAAGAGCUGGCCAAGUACUACACUGCCCUGAGACACUACAUCAAUCUGAUCACAAGGCAGAGGUAUGGAAAGCGUUCAACUCAGGAGGAUAUGGUUGCAGAGCUCCUGUUUGGUGCCGACAGCAACAGAGACCAGAGAUCAAGAUACGACGACUCCUACAUGUGGUGACUCCGCCGUCUCGCUCCCUCCUCAUCCGGCAUUCCCUCUGAGUGUGUCCCGCAAUGCACCUGGAGGGGCCGACGUGUGCCUCUGACCUCCGACCCCUGAAUCCAAACCCAAUGACCAUCACUGACCAAAAUACGAGCUCUCUGUGUCUCUCUUGUCAAUGUCUCACAUCUCACUCAUUACAACAUAUUUAUACAUAAUUUAUUAUUGAAAUAAAAUAUAUAUAUAUGACAUUAGUGCUACGACUCACAAGAUGGGACUGCGUCCGUGUGUGUGCUUGAGCAUUAAUGUCCCUCUGCUGUCCAACACUGUUUAGAGGAGAAAAUUCUUCUUAUACUGUUGCUCCUGUAAAAAGUAACAUCAGAAUAAAUUAAUAAAAACUUUUCUGUGUGAUUACAAUUUGCUGAAGACUCGUAGUGGUUUUCUCCAGGGAUUCAUGCAAAUGAUGCUUUAAGUGUGUAGAGUUCACGCAUGUUAUAUUCUAAUUUUAACCCCUCUGGAUUAUGAAUACUGUAAUUAAAGUGGUAUUACUGUUGGCAACGCUGUAGCAAAGACCAGAUCGCUUGUGCCUCAAAUCAAUCCUUCAUGUUCCCAG